AUUGCUGUUACAUUCACUGAUCUAAAAUUGAGGGAAACCUCGUAGCUUCAUUUUUGAGAAACUGGAACAAGCAAGUGUUUGGCUCUUGGGCCUAAUAAAAUGUUUUCAUGAUGAAUCAUUUGUGAGAAAUGUUGACUAUCCCCUCAGCCAUUUAGCUGACUAAUCACUUCAGAGCUGUUUACUUUGAUGAAGAAAAUGAGCUUCAUCAUAAAUGAAAGACCCAUUUGUAGCACCAAACAUACUGGACAUUAUGAUUAGAUUUUAGGAAAUAAAGUUGAAAGGAUCAGGUGUGAGCUAAAAAAUCGAUCACCUUCUCGUUUGCAUUUGUUUGAUAUGAAGCAAUGAUACAGCCUUAUAAAAUAAAGGGGUCAGAUCUCAUAUAAUCUCCUGCUGAGAUAAAAUGACACCUGUUGCCUCCUCCACUUCUCUCUUGUUCUCUUCUGUAAGGAGAUGAUUCACACCUGGGAAACAGAACUGGCUCAGACCAGCGCUCAGGACGUCAGUCUGCAGCCUGAGGACUUUAUAGUUAGUGUCAUUGUUCUGGACUAUGGCAUGAAGGAAAAGAACCCCAUCAACAAUGUGCGUUUCUAUAGUAAGAAUGACCCAACUAAAGCCAUCCAGAUACGCAAGAACCAGGUGUCAAAACUUCUUCCGGAGCACUUUGUCGAGCAGAUGAUCAGAGUCUACUGCAAGAAGAUUGAUAGUAAGAGUGUGGAGGCCGCCAAGAAGCACUUUGUCAAGUGGUGCAUGGACAUGAACUUCUCAAAACCUCAGGAUGGAGACAUAAUAGCACCUGAGCUGACUCCUCUCAAACCCAGCUGGUCAAAAAACAACGAAGGCGAGGAUGGUGAAGAAAUAAACGACAUUAAAGUAAAGAAAGUCAAAACUAAGCUUUUUGACUAAGAAGAAGAGGAUAAAUACCUCACUGUUACCUGGUAGAUGAGACGGUGUUGAGUCAGAAUUAUUUUUAUACAAGGCGAGUGUUUGAAUGAGCGCAGCAAAACUGAAGACUAAAUCAUUUUCACAGCAAAAAAGAAAUGGUUUCAUAAAACAGGAAGCAUUCAGGGCCUGUACUCAGGGUUUUUACCAAAAUAGAGCCUUGUUCAAUGUUACACACAUAUCUUUUAGUUUAUUUUAAUCUAGUUUUUAUUUUUGAUUCAUUUGGUGCAAGUGUCACAUUUUAAGUGAAAUUAUUGUUUUAUGCCAUGAGCUAAGCAAAAGUCUCCAAUCAUAUAUAAUGAUCAAUAAAUCAUGGUGAGUUUACAUGAUUUACUCUGAAACUGAACGUGUACACAAUAUCGGUGUUUCUACAGCAUGCACAGGUGUGUUAGGGGGCAACGCCUGUAUUCAGCUUUGAUAUGCCCUUUUUCUUCAAAUAAGUGUCAAGCUUUCAACAAAUCUGCGAUCAAAGUAAAUAUAAACACUUGUGUAUUUUAAAGAUUUUACCUGGAAAUUUGGUUUGGCGUUUGUUUGAAUGUACUUAUUUUCCAGAGGUGUUCUUUGGUUGAGUGUGUUUUGUGGUGCUUUAUUUCUUGUUUUCACUAUCACAGCUUGUCCAUUGCUGUCUGCACCUUUAUAAUUGUGUGCAAACUUUAAAAUGGUAUUUUUGCUACAAUUUAAAAUGGUUUUCUCUUGCCAGAAUGUGAUGCAGCCUCAUAAAAUGUCUCUGUUUUGCUUGUGUAGAGGGGGAAAAAAAAGUUUCUGAAAGAAUGAAAAGAUCUACCACUAGAGGUUUUUCCUGUUGAAACCCAUUUGAAAAUAAAACUUUCUCUCAGUUGAAGACUCAUGUAAGUAAGUCUGUUGAACACCAGGUGGAGGCAGAGACUCACGUUAGACUAAAUGCAUUUUGCCAAAUAGGAUGAUGCAUCUUGUCUCUUAUGUAAUAUUUUUGUGUUCUGGCCUCCAAAUUUAGUUUGUAUUUCCCAAAUGUUCUGUAUAUGUUGGAUCAUAACGAAACAAACAGCACUAGUGCAAUGUAAUUAUUUAGGUACACAGUUAUUAAUAUUGUCGUUAUAAUGAGUAUUGAAAUAUUUUGGAAACAUCAGAAGUAAAUACAGAGUGGUGAACAGCAGCCUGUUUGUGGUCAGUAGUGGUGGUCAGGUCGAUCUAUAGUAUCGAUGCCAACCUUGGUAUCGGUAUCGAUCAAUACUUGUAUGAUGGGAUCGAUACUUGCUUAUCAAUUUCUUUUUUCUACAUUGAAUACACAAUCCCUGUUACACCGUAGUGGUUGUGCAAACACCGCUCCUCUAGUGAUGGCUGUCUGACACUGAUGCUCCGAAACUCGAAGCCGCAUUUUCCUUGAACCACAAAGCUUGCUUUGGUGUAGAAAAAGACAUUGCCAACAACAACUCCCCUGCUGUGAGUUGUUGUCGUGCAGUUAACUCGAUGACGUUCUGCUGGCUGCAUGAUGGCAGAGAAAAAGAGGAGAGCUGUUUGGAGCUAUUUUACAGCUGCAGACAAAAACCCUGCAAACUGCGAUGUCUGUGGACAGAAGAGAAGCCAAUUCAACGAGAUGGAGACCCACUUCUUUGGUGGAAAACAAAUGAGGCAACAGUCCCCUUACUGAGCAAGCUUGACAAGAAAUACCUGGGAGUAAUUGCAACAUCUGUACUUGCAGAAAGGAUUUUCUCAAAGGCAGGGCAGUUAGUAAGUCAGAGAAGAAGUAAAAUAAAAGCGAAAAAUGUAACCAUGUUAUUGUUUCUGAACAUAAACCUACCUCAACAUGGGGACAGAGAUCAAAAGGGGGCCUCAGCCGAAGGUCAUGAAUGAGAGCCAAUAGUAGUUUUUGCUUUUGUGUAGUUAUUUGCACUUUUUAA